GCGUGUACCUGACUAUCUAUAUGAUGCCGUGAACCGCAUUGCAGCUUGCUUCAUGCAAAUUUAGUUUCCCUGAAGUCAUCGAUUUUCCGCCAUCACCCCACCAUGCAGAACGGCAACUCCACGUUUCACACCGAGACUUCGCCUUUGCUCCCAAAGCCAGACCAACAUCGAAAUCUAUCGACUCACCCCGUAGACGCAAGUGCUGGGCUUGUGCCUGAGGGCGCAGACCCUUAUGACGAGACCUAUGAGGAUGGAAGUGAUGUCGAACGCGAGGCCGGCGCUGGCGAGGCAGUCCCGCCAAAGCAGUACGAGGGCCUCCCCGACGUACAGAAGAAGCUGAAGUACAUCAUCCCCGCGAUAGCAAUCGGAAUCUUCCUGUCCGCUGCCGACCAAACCAUCAUUAUAUCGACUUACGGUAUCAUCGGCACAGACCUCAAAGCACUUAAUAAAACCUCCUGGAUAGCUACAUCAUACUUCUUAACUCUGACCUCUUUCCAACCCCUAUACGGGAAACUAUCAGACAUCUUCGGUCGAAAGCCAUGUCUCCUAUUCGCGUACGUGGUAUUCGGUCUCGGCUGUCUGUUCUGCGGCUUGGCACGGAAUAUGAGCCAGCUCAUCGCAGCUCGUGCCUUCGCGGGUAUUGGAGGCGGCGGGAUGACUACCGUCGUCUCGAUCCUAAUGUCUGAUGCUGUGCCACUUCGAGAGCGUGGGAAGUGGCAAGGGUACAUUAACAUCAUUUUUGCAACUGGUGCAGCCUCAGGCGCUCCACUUGGUGGCAUUCUCGCCGACUCCAUCGGCUGGAGGUGGCCCUUCAUCCUCCAGGCGCCGCUCUGCCUGGUUGCGUUCACUGCCGUCUUUUUCGUCCUCAAGCUUCCCAAGCAGGAGAGUAGCCAUUGGAAAGUCAAGCUUCAAAAAAUCGACUUUAUUGGAGCGCUCGUCCUCAUAUUCGCUGUCUUCUCAUUACUGCUUGGGCUAGAUCGGGGGAGCAACCUUGCCUGGAAAGACACCAUCACGAUCGUUUCUGUCGCCGUGUCUAUACCCCUCUUCAUCCUUUUCGUCCUGGUUGAGAUGUUCGUAGCCUCACAUCCUUUCGCCCCAGGCCACAUAAUCUUUGACCGUGCACUCUUCGCAUGCUAUCUCUGUAAUUUUUUCUCCUUCAGCGGCUGGCUGGCGGCGCUGUUCUACGUCCCGAUGUACUUUCAAGUCGUCGACGGCAUGUCAGCUACCCAAGCUGGAUUACGCCUCAUACCGGGAGUUCUAUGUGGCGUUUCAGGAUCCCUAUUCGGAGGGUUUUAUAUGCAGAAGACAGGGAAGUAUUACUGGAUCACAGUCAUUGCCUACUCCAACUUGGUGCUCGGUCUGGGUCUAGUCUUUCUAUUCGCGGGCAUGAUUGUCAAUUCCACCAUUGGCAUCAUUCUAGGUAUGAUGAUUUGCGCCUUUUCGAACGGCAUCGGCGUGACCACUACCCUCAUUGGCCUAAUUGCCAACUCCGAUCAAGCCGACCAAGCAGUUGUAACAGCAUGCUCAUAUCUUUUUCGCUCUCUUGGUAGUGUAUUCGGAGUCUCUAUCUGCGCCACUGCUGCAAACCAAGUCCUGCGCCUCAAUCUAGAGAACGCACUGAAUAGUGGCGAAGAUGCUGCUGAGAUUGCCCGACGGGUCAGACAAAGCCUGGCAUAUAUCAAAACCUUGGAACCCGGUGUCAGAGAGAUCGUAAGAGACUGUUAUGGAAAGAGCACACGGGCGGCAUUCACAGUUAGCAUUGUUCUUGUUGGCGGUUCAGCGGUCUUUGCGUGGUUUAUCAGGGAGAAGAAGCUGACAAGAUAAGACUAUUAAAGACCGCAAUGAAGGCAAAGGGAGAAGUGGUCAAAACAGGCGCAGUUUACUUGAUAGAAUAUCUCUUUGAUUUAGCAAGCACAAGAUCGCGUUGUUUCAGUAGAAAUAAUACGGAAAGCAUUUCGUAUAUAGAUAUAUCUAACAUCACCCAUAAAAGCCAAAUUGC